AUGUCUUUCGCACGCUUCGCUCCUAUCUUGAGAACCCGGGUUGCCGCUCCCACCACUGGCUACCAGGCAAUUCGAUCUAUCUCUGCUUCUGCAUCAUACAAUAAGGGAGCGGUGGAUGCGACCAAGGACACACUGAAGAAAGCUGAUCGGACUGUUUCUGAUGCUGCCGUCAAGGGCAUCAACAAGGGUGAACAAGCUGCCCACCACCUCAAGGAUGCCGUUAGUGCUGGGGCCAAGAAAGCACAGGACAAGUCUGGUGAUGUGAAGGGCGAUGCCGCUGAACUAGCAGGCAAGGGCAAGGGCAAGGCCGACGAGGCGCUGGGCCAAGCCAAGGGCAAGGCUAAGGAAGCAGCUGGCGAGGUCGAAGGCAAGGCCCAGGAGGCCAAGAGCAAACUUUGA